UUUACUUACUCAUGUUAUACAACAUAACACAUUCAUUCUAAAUUCUCAGAAAAAUAUCAUUGGCGCUAUUACUUCAUUAACCAGUAUUAUUAAUUAUUUUCAUAUAAAAUACUUUAUAAUAAAUUUAUAAACGACUAACCUUGAAAAAUAUUACUACAAACAAGCAUAUACUUCGAAACACACUUAUAGCCACAUAUUUUUGUCUUGUCACGCACCGGAAGAAUGACUUCAGCAGUUACCAGACUGUAUUUUGUUUUACGGAUGGUGACGUCUUUUACUCCCCAACACCUAACGACAAGCAGAACUAGGUGGACAGUGUAGCUAGUUCAUAAAUAACUACAACGUACUAGUAGAGCAGAAAAAGUUACUCUUUUAAGAUCAGAAUGUUUCUUUGGGAUUGGUUCACUGGAGUUCUGGGCUAUUUGGGUCUGUGGAAGAAGUCGGGCAAGCUACUGUUCCUGGGGCUGGACAACGCGGGCAAGACGACGCUCCUGCACAUGCUGAAGGAUGACCGCUUGGCCCAGCACGUGCCCACCUUGCACCCGACGUCUGAAGAGCUGUCCAUAGGAAACAUGAGGUUUACCACUUUUGACCUGGGCGGCCAUCACCAAGCACGUCGUGUGUGGAAGGAUUACUUCCCUGCGGUCGACGCGAUAGUUUUCCUCAUCGACGCGUUCGACCGUGGCCGGUUCGCCGAGAGCAAAGCAGAGCUGGAUUCCCUGCUGACGGAUGAGCAGUUGAGCAACUGUCCUGUGCUCAUCCUCGGCAACAAGAUCGACCGGCCGGGCGCAGCUUCCGAGGACGAGCUAAGAAACUUCUUCGCACUUUAUGGUCAAACAACUGGCAAGGGAAAGGUGCCGCGCUCGGAACUGCCAGGCCGCCCGCUCGAGCUGUUCAUGUGCUCGGUGCUGAAGCGCCAGGGCUACGGCGAGGGCUUCCGGUGGCUGGCCCAGUACAUCGAUUGAUCGGCGGACUGCCCUGGCUGCUGGCGAGUGGAUAGCUUCAAGUUUUCUACCACGAGCAAGAGAUUGGAUCUUUUUUUCUGGUGGGAGAUGUGUUUUGCCGGGUUUGUUCAGGAUAUCGGAACAGUCGUCAAGUUUCACGUAACCCGUAACAAAAUUCCCUCGUUUUACUUCAAAUGCCCGUGUACAAUUUUUUUUUUGUUCCAACUGGUCCACAAAGUCUUGGUGGUUUUCGAAAUAAAAUUUUUGUGGAGCCAUUUUUUUUUCUUUUUCGAAUGAAGUUGUCUACAGUUAAUUAAAUGGUGCAUGUGUGAAAUGUCAGCGAUGUGAGGACUGCUUUGUUGUGAAAUAAAACUCGUUAUAUUAGUAUGAGAUUAAUAAUUGUCAAUGCAAAUUGCCAACCUAUGAAGCAACUUGCUGGCGAUGUUUGUAAAAAUAUAUUUAUUGGUGUAAAUGUUUUUUUCCCCAUAGUGUAAAAUGAAAAAUUGUUUUACAAAACAAUAAGCAUACCUUAUUGGCUGAUAUGUAGCUUUGGUUUUAUUUUAGAAGUUUUUUUUUUAUAAAAAAAAUGCCCUGUUCCUGUUGUAGGUGAUAUGUUUACAUUCCUGUAUGUGUGUGCACAGUUUUUUAGUCAUCACACUGUAGUCGAAACUUGCAUUAUUUCUACGGAUUUAUAUAGUGUGCUGAGAAAUGGUGAAACUUAUUUUUUUUUUGUUAGUGUUUUCUUGCUCAAUCUCAAUAGAAUUUCUAAAAAUCCAAGACAUUUAAUUUUAAUUGCUGUCUGUGGUCUAAAAUUGUCUUUCUGAAGUCUUAAUAGUGUAGAUGUAGCAUACAUACCAUCUCAUAAUGUGCCAUAUCAACUUAAGAGGUGAAACAAAUCGUACAAGCAAUUGGAGCACUGUAGAUAAGUUUUUUGGCUAUUGACAUACUGGGUGCAAUGGUUUGAGAUAUUACCGAUAAAAAAAUAAAAAUAAUCCUUUGCUA